GAAUACUUGUAGUGGGCACUUCCUGUUCAUCAAAAUGGCAACAUCGCUCCCUUGACACGUAAAGCUUGAAGAAAAUCUCUUAUUUUUAGAUAUUUUAUGUAGUUUUCAGGGUGUUAUGAAGAUGAGUAGACUUCUGGUCCAAAAUAUAAUGGUGACAGAAAAGUAAAUGAGGUUACACUGUGUGGAUAAUAACUUGCACUGUUAAAUUUGAAAGGGCUAGUGACUAUACAUAAGCAACAAGAUGCGAAGAGGAGUUGGAGCUGGGGCUGUUGCCAAAAAGAAGCUGGCCGAGGCCAAAUAUAAAGAGAGGGGAACUGUUUUGGCUGAAGACCAAAUUAUUCAAAUGUCCAAACAACUGGAAACAUUUAAGUCCCACUUGGAAGAAUUUGCCAGUAAACAUAAACAAGAAAUCCGCAAGAACCCUCAGUUCAGAGUUCAAUUUCAAGAAAUGUGUGCCACCAUAGGAGUGGACCCUCUUGCAUCUGGUAAAGGUUUUUGGUCAGAGAUGCUUGGAGUUGGAGACUUCUAUUAUGAACUUGGAGUGCAGAUUAUUGAAGUUUGCCUUGCCCUAAAACACAGAAAUGGAGGGCUUAUUACUCUUGAUGAGCUUCAUCAGAGAGUACUGAAAGGAAGGGGUAAAUAUGCACAGGAUGUUAGCCAAGAUGACUUGGUGAGAGCCAUAAAGAAACUGAAGGUGAUGGGGAGUGGGUUUGGGAUGAUCCCUGUUGGUGGUUCAUAUUUGGUGCAGUCAGUGCCAGCUGAGCUCAACAUGGACCACACUGUUGUACUGCAACUGGCAGAGAAAAAAGGAUACGUGACAGUUAGUGAGAUAAAAGAAAGUCUUAAAUGGGAGAAAGAGCGAGCUUCACAUGUCUUGGAUCAUCUUCUGAAAGAGGGACUGGCCUGGUUGGACUCUCAAGCAGCUGGGGAACCUCAAUAUUGGCUACCAGCUCUGUUCUCUGAGCUGACGUCACGGGAAAUUACACCGGAGGAAGCGAAUCAGAUGACCCCUUGAAGAAGAGCUGGAGGGCCGGACUGUUAACGGAGUGUCUCGGGACUUUGUUGAUAAACAAAAUGUGCCCAAGGGAAGGGUCACAUGACUGAGUUGGCAGAAGGGGUGAAGUCACUAAGAUCAUGUUCUGCAUGCAAAGCAAAACAUUCCUCUGACAGCCUCUCAGUGCAUCUAUGCAAAAAGAGCACUUGAACUUGUACAACUACUGAAGGCAAGAGAGGUGUUUUAUGUUGUGGUGGGCAAUAUAAUAAUCUCUAAAUUGCUCUUUUUAAAUGUAUGCAAAAUUAGAAUAUUGAUUAUAUAGUUUAUUACAGCAGGAAAGGUGUUAAAAAGCAGUGAAAAGAAAUGAUUAAACAAGUAAGAAGAGCAUAAACUUGCAGAAUAGUUUAAGGGUAUAAGGUUAUAUUUCUGAAUUUUUGUAUUCACAGCAAACUCGAAACUAACAGGUGGAUUUCUAGCGACUUGCGUAAUUAUUAUAUAAAUAAACACUGAGUUCUGUCAA